GGACAACCGUCUUUAGUGUCUUUACGUUUCCGAUCUACAAGUUACAACUGGUUUUGUAAAUCUUUUUUGGAUUCCACCGUUCAACUGUUUGCGUGUUUCGUCUGUCGUCCGAAAAUAAAUCCAUUUCGACAGACUUUUUUAGACAUUGGACUUUACUAUAACUCAUAAGUCAUAACAGUUGAUGUUGAUAUUUUUCGGACCCGAUCAAACAAUUGAAAAAAAACCCAUUUUUACCUAUUGAAUUUUUUUUGUUUCCCCAUCCUAUUAAUUGUACCUACUAGUCGACCAACAAAGAAAUAUUCCUUGCCAGUACGAUCCAAUUUCGGCUAUUUUUUUUUUUGAAUCCUUCUAUUUUGUGCCCACGCACACAUCUUACAAACAUUUGAAUUGCAUUCCAGCUGCCUAACUAUCCUGCUACCUGCCUUGGUUCCAGCUAUCUAAAGUUUUGUUUGGUGUGAACAAAGUACUCAGAUUAGUCGGAUAACGAUUUCUGUUUUUCCACAGCUGAAGGAUGUCUCAAUUUAGCUAUGUAAAUGAUUUAAAAAGUGCAGUUAGAAUGGAUGAGCCAAUUACCAGCGGUCCAGCUCCACGGUGGAUGAAGAAAAGCGUGGAAUCGACCUCAAGUUCUGCAAAUACGUCGAGAAAAACUAAUGAACUACUGCCUAUCAAGAAGACACCAUCAAAAACACCUAAUAAAUCAAAAUCACCAGCUUCAAGAUCAGCAUCAAACACUCCAGCUAAACCUAAAACACCUGGUGGUGACAGAUUCAUUCCUUCCAGAAUGUCUACAAAUUUUGACAUAAGUCAUUUUAAGAUGAACCAAGAAAAUGAAAACCUUGACUUAAGUCCGACUCAAUCAGACUACAGAAAAGCUAUGUCCGAGAAUCUUCACGGAUGUGACAUUAAUAAUGUCCGUGUUCUUUCCUAUCAGAACAAAGCACCAGCUCCUCCAGAUGGUUAUCAAAACGCCUUAAAAGUGGUUUACAGCCAAUCCAAGACUCCCAUGAAUGUACGGGGAGCUACUCGUUAUAUACCACACGCACCGGAUCGUAUUUUGGAUGCUCCUGAAAUUGUUGAUGACUAUUACCUAAAUUUAAUUGACUGGAGCUUUUCCAACAUAUUGGCCGUAGCUUUGGGCACAAGUGUAUAUCUUUGGAAUGCUGACACUGGGGCCAUUGACCAACUGUUAGAUUUAGAAGGUGCUGACUAUGUCACAUCUCUGAGCUGGGUACCCAAUGGAAACCUAUUAGGUGUUGGAACUGCUUUAGGACCUGUACAAUUAUGGGACGCAUCUCAGACAAAGCGGCUGCGUAUAAUGAACAGUCACAGUUCAAGAGUGGGUGCUAUGUCAUGGAACAGUCAUAUACUAACUACAGGUUGCAGAAAUGGACAACUUGUUCACAACGAUGUCAGACAGAGAGAACACAUUGUUGGUACAAUUCAAUCCCACACUCAAGAAGUUUGUGGUCUUAAAUGGUCAACUGACGGUCGUUAUUUAGCCAGUGGAGGCAAUGACAACCUGCUAAAUGUGUACAGUGGAUUACCAGGCCAAGCUACUUACCAAUCUGAACCAAUAUACAGUUUCAGCCAACAUCAAGCUGCCGUUAAAGCAUUAGACUGGUGUCCAUGGCAAACCAACGUGCUAGCCAGUGGUGGCGGUACAGCGGAUCGAACCAUCAGGUUUUGGAAUUGCAAUAAUGGCCAGUGUAUCAAUUCAGUCAAUGCCAACUCGCAGGUGUGUGCUAUUCUGUGGUCAAAAACAUACAGAGAAUUGGUUUCGGCGCAUGGUUUUGCAAACAACCAACUCACAAUUUGGAAGUACCCUUCACUGACAAAGGUUGCUGAACUCACUGGACACACAAAUCGUAUUUUGAAUUUGGCCAUGUCACCAGAUGGUUCAACGGUACUCUCAGCUGGAGCAGAUGAGACCCUGCGAAUGUGGAAGUGCUUUUUGCCAGAUCCAAAUAAGAAGAAAGAACAUGAGAAGCGCUCUUCUAGACCUACUAUGUUGGGACCAGGCCUAAGAUAAAUAUCUUAUAUUUGUUAUUUUAUGUUCUUUGUCAAUUAAACUUAUAUACAAUAUUUGUGUUAACUUUUUACUUGCGUAAUUUUACCUUUUCGAUUUUAUUUAUACAAGACUCAAGUCAUACUUUUACUUACAUAAUGUACAUACUUAAAUAUAUUUUUUUUAUAAUUACUUUUUCCAUUGUAUUAUUUUCUAUGUCAAUGUAUUUUCUUGAACAAGUAAUUUCAUGUUAUCUUAAGACCAAAUGUAUUUAGAAUAAGUGCUUAAAUUGACUACAAAAAUUAAUACACUAAUACAUUUUAUAUAAUGACUUUAAUUACUUAUAUUAUAAUAAUAAACAAGUCUUUGGCUACUUUAUGUUUA